UCGCGGUUUCACGGCCCCUUGGUCUAUUUGUUUCUCUGUCUAAGUUAUGAACCCUAUUUAUUCCAUAGAGUACGAAUGAAGUCUGUUCACUGUUGCUCUUUUGUUUAGUGUUCUGGUCUGUGAUUCUUUCCUCUACUGGCUUUACUGUUCCUCUUCUGAAGUUUCAGCAAAGUUGAGAAUAUUUCGGCACUAAAUUUAAACUCGCAGUGUAACAAUUUUUGCGAUUGCAAAAGUGUUUGCUAUUUGUUUACAUUGUAGAUAUGUUAAAAAUGCUUAAAACAGUAAACAACUCAAUAGUGAAAUAAUACGACUCCGUCUCCAAUCCCCUUACAAUUAUUAUAUUACGUUGAUCUAAUGCAACGUAUUAGUAAAAGCAUUUUAAGAUUUUUAUUUUAAAUUUAUCGUAUAAAAAUAAAUGAGUUAAACAAUUUUCAUUUAUGAAAUACUAAGCUGUUUAAUUAAUAAAUAGCAUGCUUACAAUAUAAAUUUUAUGACACUACAAAAUAUUUUUCUCGUUACCGACUAUGUCGUGUGAAAUAGUAAUUCGUCAAGCUCGAGCUGAGGAUUUGCACCAACGCAUGGAACUUGUACGUCACGCCUAUUCUGGAUAUUUUUGGGAUGCAUUCAUAUUUUUCUUUUUCCAAGAGUUGACAUUGGAAUGUUGUGUGCUGGCUGCUGCGGUCCUGUUCAUCUUCUGUGGAAUAUCAGCUACAACAUGCCUGGUUCUUCUGCCAAUAGCUGCAGUUGUUGUUGCUGUGGUGGUGGCAUGCAUCCACCAUGCACUUGCAUACAAACAGUCACAGAAUGUGCGUCAAGAGAUAUUUGGUAUUGUGGCCGAACUGCGGGGUGGUCUGCUGUUGACCCCUAGAACUGAACGAGUGCCAAUUCACAUCCAGCUGGUUGCCGAAAAGCAUUCAAUUUAUUCUCAAGUUAUUGGCACUAUAAGUAUCUCCGAGUUCUGGGGCCCUCAUAAUAGAGGCUGGCUGCAUGCAAUGGUAGUGCACCCCGAAUGGCGCGGGAGGGGCGUGGCGCGCGCGCUGGCGGGCGCGGCGCGGCGGGCGGCGGCGGCGCGCGGGCUGGAGGCGCUGGAGGCCGCGCUCAGCCACCUGCAGCCCGCCGCGCGCGCCGCGCUGCACGCCGCCGGGUGAGUGUCGCGGGGGGGGGGGGGGGCGCUAGUGCGCGGCUCGGCUCUAACGCUUCGUCUGUGGCAGGUGGGAGUGCCGCGCGUCCUACGAGCGGCCGCUGCUCGGCGCCGCGCUCACGCUGCCGCUCGCGCGACUGGGCGUGGACUUGCCGCUGGCGUGAUAUGAUCAAAAUCAGUUUUGAAAUACUUGUGUGUUUAAAAUAUAAUUAUUAUUUUUA